ACUGGGUAUCGGCUUUGGGAUACAUCCUGGAUACUGAAGGAAGUGGAUAACAGGAGUUAAUUGACAUUCAUCGACCCCAACAAUUGCCGUAACGUUUCCAUAGAGACAACAAAUCAGGAUCGCUGUAAUUGCUGUUUGGAGUAUAAGGUCUUCCGUCGCUUUUCAAAGGAACGUCUACUCCUCUUGGAUCGCAGUGGAUUAUUAAUAGCCUGCAGUUUUCGUUAAAGGCAGCGCGCAUACGAAGUCCGAUUGCGAUGUCGCAUUGAUGAAGAAAAAAUCGAACGGGGAGCCAGCCGCCAGGCAAAGCGCCAAUAUGGCAGGCGGUUUGAAUACGACAAACGGUGAUUCGUCACCCAGUCGUGUCUGUAGAGACUUCUUGCGCAAUGUUUGUCACAGAGGAAAACGUUGCAAGUACCUUCACGAGCGCUCCGAGGAUGAUCCCGUGGACGAGUACACGUUCUGCCAUGACUUUCAAAAUGGUAUAUGCAACUGGCCCGGUUGCAGAUUUCUUCACUGUACCGAAAGCGAGGAGAAACAUUUUCGAGCUACCGGCGAGCUGCCACCGCAUAUCCUAACCAACCUUAAAAACAACGGCGAGAAGUCUGAGUAUCCACUCUGCAAGGACUUCAUAAAGGGUAGCUGCCAGAGAGUCAAUUGUAAAUAUAGACACUUCAAGAAGGAGGAACAACAGAUUAAUAUCGUCCCGACGUCGUUGCAUAAUACGCCACGACCACAGCAUAAUUUCAAUGGUACAAAUAAUGGCGAUAACCGUAGAUACGAGGAGGAUAGGAAUUACCACUGGCAAAUGGAGGAUCAGCAUUCACUCGUUGCCAGUAAUGGAUACAGCGCUUCCUUGCAUCCUCCGGAUUAUAUGGGGCCACCGGAUCCGAAGAGAAGAAUGGUUUCCGGUGAAGCCGUUCUACACUUUGAAGCCUCGCCUCUUGUUGGGCAACAUCCUGCCCAACCAGUAACUCCAGGAUAUUAUUACCCUGUUAUACCUAGAAACGAAGCAAGAGCCAUAGUUCUGGAGGACGAGAAUGCUCUGUUAAGGAAGAAGAUAGAAGAAUUGAAAAAGCAGGUCAGUGACUUAACAGCAACCAACGAGUUUCUUCUGGACCAAAAUGCUCAGCUGAGAAUGUCCGGUAAGCGAACUACGAAUGUGACUGCAGUUACAGUUCCAGCUGUAACAAUCACAAAUACGGUCCCACCUUCGCAAGCACCAACGCCACAGCAAAUGGUUAACGCAGCUGUAGCAGCUGGUACAUUAAGAACCGUCACAGCCAGCGUGGCGACUGUACCAGUUAGUAUAGCUACGGUAGCUCCAGUAUCCAUCGCAGCUGUAUCCAUGGCCCCUGUAUCCAUACCACCGCCUAUUGUUACCAUGGCCCAACAGACUAUAACCAUGAGUGGUUCCGGUCCUCAACCGACCAAUCAGCAACCGCCCAAUUCUCAGCAAACUGCUAAUUUACCACUGUCGAUAUCCGGUGCCACCGCACCUAUGGUUUCCUAUCCGAUCAUGACUCAGGAACUCAGGCCCGUUUUGCAAUAAGCCGUCACAUUUUGCACGGAAUUUUGUUUUUCCACAAAUAAUACCUCCGAGUGUAGUAACGAAGUCUAAGGAAAUUACUUCAUUGGGCGUCGCGACGCCAGGUUACUUUCUAAGGGAGCAAGGAAAAUAUAACUAACGUAUCCAAGUAUAUAUUUCUAAUAGACAUGCUAUAUACUACAUAGUAUACAGACACGUGUAAUACACGCCCAUGCUAUAUGCAAAACAUAUACACAAAAACGUAUACAAAAGUCGGUUUGUAUAUUUAUUUAAAUGAUACUAGAUUGGUAGUUCUGCUUUACAGAGAUCGUAGCUAUAGGUGCCUGUAGGGUUUAAUGGCACGGCCGAUAAACCGGGAAUAUUUUCUCUAGUAAGAAAGAAAGAAAGUAAGAAAGAUUAUAUGAUGACUAAGAACAGCUUUCUAGGCAUCGGGGCGUGUAGAAACAUAUGUGACACCUCGUACAGGACAACCGUAAUGAUCGUCUCUCAUUUUAUACCUGAUUAACGACAGCGGUAACAAGAUUUUUUCCUUCUCCAUUUAUUUUUCAUUAAUCGAGUAAAUGUAUUGUUAUUUGUAUAAUAUUCUUGAAUCAAUUGGCACAGUCUGUAAUGCACCGAAGUUUGGACAAAAUUGUAUUUUGAGUUUUCAUGGAAAUUUGUUGAUUCUCUCUUGUUUAUUGUUUUGAGAAUGAUUACCACCGAUAACGAGUGGAAAUACUUGUGCCGAGCGCGAAUGGUAUGUGCCGUGUUCUAUCACCAAAGAAUCAAGGGUACAUCAAACGCAAUAAGGGAGACAAUCUAUAAUUGGAUAUUAUAGCUGUAACAGAUUUUCAAUUAUGGCCGAAGAUGCUUUUGCACUUUCGCGAGAAUAAAUUACAUUCUUAUAAUCAUCGUGAUGUGUAUAUACAAAAACACAUCGCUUGCGUAUGAGCAACGCGCCGUUAUGCAAUGUCAUAAAAAUGUGUAAAAAACGUUCAAUAAUAAAGAUAACUCUUUAUUCGUAAUAUAAUGUAUAACUAUAAAUAGACGAACUGAAGGAAAUUGUUAGGUCGAUGGAUAAUAGAUGUGCUGAGAUUUAAGGUUUACCGCUGUCUGCGGUCGAUAGAGGUGAACCUUACGAAUGUUCUGUACGCCUUGCUGUAAAUAGUAUUUUGUUGCUUCCAUUUUUCCCUUACCUUAGGAUUUUUAUACUUCCAUUACUCAUAAGUUAAUUAUUCUUAUAUCAUAAAUAAUAGUUUAAUAAAUGCAGUACUUAUCGCGGUACUUCCUGCUAUUACGAUUAGGUAAGAGAGAAAACGGACAGCAUUACAGUAAAUAUAAAUAGAUUAGAAUUAUUGGGAAGUUGACGUUUAAUUUCGAAUGGAUAAGUAUACAAAUAAAUGAAAAGAAAUGAGAAAUUAAUUUUGUUGUAAUGCAUAUGCCACGCAAAACCAAAUAAAUGCAAUACGAGUUUGGUUUUAA